AUGCAAGUAGAGAAUGUGACUGUAGUCAUGGGAGCCAGAAAGCCAAAUGAUGUCAGCUUGGAGAGAAAGGGAGUGCAGAAGAUAGUUAUUCACAAAGACUAUAAACCACCCCACCUUGACAGUGAUCUCUCGCUGCUCCUUCUUGCCACACCAAUACAAUUCACUCACUUCAAAAUGCCUAUCUGCCUGCAAGAGAAGGAGUGGGCCUGGGACCGGUGUUGGAUGUUAGAGUGGGUAACAGCUCACGAAUAUGACAUAUACCUGCAAAAGCUGAGAGUGGUGCAGAUUAACCGGAGAGAAUGCAGCAAGAGGGUGGACCAGCUCUCCAGGAACAUGCUUUGUGCCUGGAAACAACCAGGCACCAAGGGAAAUUGCCAGGGAGACAGUGGGGCACCUAUGGUCUGUACUACACAUGGAACCAAGAGGCUCUUCCAAGUGGGUGUCUUCAGCUGGGGCAUAAGAUCUGGCUCCAAGGGAAGGCCUGUAACAUGUGGCCAAAAAUUAACACCCAAAUUUGUAAAGCCAGAACCUUCCCAAAUUCUUGGUGGGGAAUUUGCAGACAUUGCCGAUUUUCCAUGGCAGGUGGGUAUUUUUAAUAAAGGGAAGCAUCGCUGUGGAGGAUCUAUACUCAAUCAAUGGUGGAUUCUAACUGCAUCCCAUUGCUUCAUAAACAUAAAUGUGUCUGAUUUGGAGAUCACCUAUGGUGAAGACGACUUAAGUAUCAAGAACUUGAUGAAGCACCAAGUAGCCAAGCUAAUUACGCACCCUGACUUUGACCACUUUAUCUUGGAUAAUGACAUAGCUUUGAUUUUGCUAAAAUUCCCAAUGGACUUUAGUGUCAAGAAAGCACCCAUCUGCCUUUCAGAGGUCAACAAAAUAGAGAAAUGGAAAAACUGCUGGGUGACCGGAUGGGGUAUAAUCGAUCCUAUUCAACAUGUGCUUCCGGCUCUGCAGAAAGUCAACCUCCAGUUGGUCCAAUGGAAAAUGUGUUCCCAAGUUGUUCCCUUACUCACCCAGAAUAUGCUAUGUGCUGGGUACCCUGAAGGUGGAAAGGAUGCCUGCCAGGGUGACAGUGGAGGGCCUCUGGUUUGCCAGAAAAUGGAGAACCAAAGCUUGUGGUACCAGGUGGGCAUUGUCAGCUGGGGAAUGGGCUGUGGCCUGAAGAACAAGCCUGGAGUAUACACGAAGAGGGUCAGCUCAGUGGAUCUGCUUACUCCGCCUCCUUGCACAGGCUCCUGA